UCGCCUUAAUUCCUUUCUUUUCUGAAAAAAACCCACAAGCCUUUAUUCAAUGGAUGCUACUGUUGAAGCUGCCUGUUACUCGUCUUCCUUGAACUCGACAAUCCCAACAUGGAAGUAUCAUGUUUUCUUGAGCUUCAGAGGAGAAGACAUCCGAAAAGGCUUCACAGCCCAUUUACAUGCUGCUCUGCAAAAAAGGGGUAUCAUAACCUUCAUAGAUGAUGAGCUUGAUAGAGGAGAUGUUAUUUCCCUUCAACAACUUCAAGCAAUCAAAGGGGAGCCUUUGCUGAUGCCUUUCAAAAACAUAGUGAAAGAUUUCAUGAUGACAAAAAGAAGGUGCAAAGAUGGAGAGAUGCUUUAGAAGAAGUUGCAAAUAUAGCUGGCUAUCAUUCUAAAGAUCGGGUGGAAACAAAAUUCAUUGAAGAAAUUGUAGUAGGUGUAUGGACAAAACUACAGCCAAGCUUACCAUGUUUCAAAAAUGAAUUUGUUGGAUUGGAGUCAAAGAUAGAAGAAAUUAAUUCAAUUUUGAGGAUAGGAUUGAAUGAUGUUCGUUUAUUAGGAAUUUGGGGGAUGGGCGGUAUAGGAAAAACAUCCCUUGCAAGAGUUAUCUAUGAGAGAUAUUGUGACCAGUUUGAUCUUUGUUACUUUUUUGCGGAUAUUAGGGAAGUCUCUUAAAUGAAGGGAUUGGUUCGCUUGCAAAAAAGUUUUCUUUUACGUGAUGUGAAGUUGACAGAGAUGGAACUUCAUGAUGCGUAUGAAGGAAUGAAGAUGAUGAGAAGCCUUAUGUGCAUCAAGAAAGUCUUAGUAGUAUUGGAUGAUAUAAGUGAAAUGAACCAACUUGAGUACCUUGCAAUAAAGCAAGCUUGGAUGGGCCCAGGAAGUAGAAUAAUAGCGACAACUAGAUAUAAGCAGCUAUUGACAGCACAUAGAGAGUUUGAAAUAUAUGAAGCAGAGCUAUUGAAUGAUGAAGAAUCUCUUCAACUCUUUUGUCAAAAAGCUUUUAAAAGUGAUCAACCAACAAUAGAUUAUUUGGAGUUGUCUAAAAUUAUUGUUGAACUUGCUGGUGGCCUUCCUUUGACACUAGAAGUGUUGGGGUGUCUUCUUUGUGAAAGAAAUAUAGUUGUGUGGAAAGAUGCUAUAGAGAAGAUGAAGAAAUUUCCACCAAAUGAUAUUCUAAAUAGGCUUCGAAUAAGUUACGAAGUAUUAGAUCCUAUGGAGAAAAAUAUAUUUUUGGAUAUUGCAUGCUUCUUCAAAGGAAUGCCCAAGGUUAAAGUAAUGGAAAUAUUAGAAAUUUGUGGUUUUCAUCCAAUAAUUGAAAUUUCAGAACUUAUAGACAAAUGCAUGCUAAUUGAAUUUCACAACAAUGAUGGUACAUUAUGUUUGGGUGUGCAUGAUAUAUUACAAGAAAUGGGUAAGUGUAUUGUUUUUGAGGAAUUACCAGGUGAUGUUGGCAGACGUAGCAGGUUAUGGUCAAAAGAGGACAUAAAUCUAGUAUUGACGAAAAACAAAAGGCACUAAUUCAAUUGAAGUUAUACAUCUUCAAUCCCCUAUACAAUACAAAGGAAGUUGGGCUUCAGGAGCAUUCUCAAUGAUGUUUAAUCUCAGAAUACUAAUCAUAUCAUGUGAUGUGUGCCUUCCCUGUGGCUUCAAUUCUCUUCCUAGUUCAUUAAAGAUUAUUAAAUGGGAGAAAUAUCCAUUGAAGUGGCUCCCACUUGGAUCUCAGUUGAAUGAACUAAGUCAGCUUGAAAUGUGUUGGAGUAAGAUCAUACAACCUUGGUGUGCAGCACAAAUGCCUAAAAAGCUAAAGUUCAUUAAUCUAAGCUAUUCUAAAGAUCUUAUUCAAAGUCCUGAUUUUUCAACACUACCGAAUCUUGAGAGAUUAGUACUUGAAGGUUGUAUAAAACUUGUGAAGGUUCAUCCAUCACUUGGGCAACAUAAGAAAGUUGUCAUGGUGAAUUUGACAGAUUGCAUAAAUCUUAAAUCCCUUCCUAAUAGACUAGAUAUGGAUUCCUUGGAGAAAUUGACUCUUUCAGGCUGCUCAAAAUUGAAGAAGCUUCCUGAAUUUGGAGAAAACAUGAAAUAUUUUUCAAUGCUUGAUUUGAAGGAUUGCAAAACUCUUGGAAGGCUUCCAUGUUCUAUUGGUAAUCUAAAAUCUCUUGUGACUCUCAACAUAUUUGGUUGCUCAAAAUUAUUGUCUCUGCCAGACAAUUUGGGUGAAAAUGAGAGCAUCGAGGAGCUUGAUAUAAGGGGAACUGCUAUCAAAGAAAUACCUUCAUCCAUCAACAGUCUAGAAGAUUUAAGAAAAUUAUAUGCAAAUGGAUGUAUGUGGUCUGCAUUAGGGUCAUCACCAAAUUUACUUUCCCAAAUUCUAAAGGUAUUUAGGCUUACUAGUUAUGAAGCUCCUAUGAGUUUAAAAUUACCUCCUUCUAUCUCAGGUUUAUCCUCAUUAAAGGAAUUAAAGCUAAAAAACUGCAAUCUCAAUUCUAGAAUUGUUCCAAAUGAUCUUGGUUGAUUUCCAUCUUUGGAGAUCCUUGAUCUUAAUGGAAAUGAUUUUGGCAACUUACCUUCUGGAAGUUGCAUUCUUAGCCCUUCAUUCUUAAGUUUGUCUUCAUUGAGGGAAUUGAAUUUGAAAAACUGUAAUUUUUGUGAUGGUUCAAUCCCUGAUGAUCUUAGUCGCUUGUCAUCCUUGAAAGCAUUACAUCUAUCUAGAAACAAUUUUACUAACCUACCGUCUGCUUUUGUCUCUAAUCUCUUGACUCUAGAAAUUCUUUGCUUGGAUCAUUGCAAUGGACUUUUAUCACUGCCAAAUACCCCACCACAUAUGGAAUUUUUAAAUGCCAUUUGUUGUCAUCCCUCAGUGAAAACCCCAUCAUUUCUAGAGGUGAUGUGGAGGUUCCUUUCUUCACCUAACUUUCAACCAAAUUGGCUAGCAAACGAGAGAAAAUUUUGUUUGUACAUUUCGGGGAGUGAAAUCCCACUAUGGUUCCAUAAUCAAAAUCUUGAUCUUCUUGACAAUGAGAAAACGUGCAUAAAGGUAAACAUCUCUCAUUUUCGUGAUUCAAGUGAAAUGUAGGGAAUUUCUAUUUGCCUUGUGAUACAAGA